CGGAAACUGCACCACUGAAACUUCACGCAGCAGCAAGGGCAGCGAGCUUCUGGUGGUGUUGGUCACAGUUUCGUGCGUAACAUGGUCACUUCCGGAUAACGCGAACUGCUGUGACUUGGUCUGCGGCUUCGUAUCUACAGCGAAACAUCAAUCGGCGCGCGGCGGCGAGAUGAGCUUCCUUUUCGGGGGUCGCUCCUCAAAGACCUUCAAGCCAAAGAAGAACAUCCCAGAGGGCACACACCAGUAUGACCUGAUGAAGCAGGCUGCAGCCACGCUGGGCUCGGGCAACUUGCGGCUCGCUGUCAUGCUGCCCGAAGGGGAGGACCUCAAUGAGUGGGUGGCUGUCAACACAGUGGACUUCUUCAACCAGAUCAACAUGCUGUAUGGCACGGUGACAGAGUUCUGCACCGAAGGCAGUUGUGCAGUCAUGUCGGCAGGCCCCAAAUACGAGUACCACUGGGCCGACGGACAGACAGUCAAGAAACCCAUCAAGUGCUCAGCCCCCAAGUACAUCGACUACCUCAUGACGUGGGUGCAGGACCAGCUCGACGACGAGGCCCUGUUCCCCUCCAAAAUAGGUGUGCCCUUCCCCAAGAACUUCUUCUCAAUCGCCAAGACAAUCCUGAAGCGACUGUUUCGUGUCUAUGCUCACAUCUACCACCAGCACUUCUCAGAGGUGGUGCAGUUGGGUGAGGAGGCGCACCUCAACACCAGCUUCAAGCACUUCAUCUUCUUUGUCCAGGAGUUUGGGCUCAUCGAUCGGCGGGAGUUGGUGCCUUUGCAGGAGCUCAUCGAAAAGCUUACGAGCAAGGACAGGGACAGCAACCCGUCGCGCUAGUACAUGCUGUCUCCCUGCUGCUCUUCCUAUCUGAAAACCGCCGUGGUGGUUUAGUGGCUAAUGGUGUUGGGCCGCUAAGCAAGAGGUUGCGGAAUGGAAUCGUGGCCACGGCGGCCGCAUUUCUAUGGGGGUGAAAUGCGAAAACACCCGUGUACUUAGAUUUAGGUGCACGUUAAAGAACCCCAGGUGGUCCAAAUUUCCAGAGCCCCCACUACAGCGUGCCUCAUAAUCGGAUCGUGGUUUUGGCACGUACCACCCCCUCCUUUUUUUUAAGCUAUCUGAAACACAUGCCACCACUACUUUUGCCCACCCCCACCACCCGUAUUGUUAUUCUGCAUCUGCAAAGACUGUCUCUUAGGCUUGCUGCCAGCCAGUGUUCUGCCUCAUGUUGUCCUUGAACACUGCUGGAACACCCAGGUGUUUGCCUUGAAUGCUUGUCGUCAGGGAGAGGGAAAGCAAGGACCCUCGAUGGCACCUAGAUUCACUGCACUGCUGUUGCCACACUGACACUUUUGACCUUAUCUUAAUUUCCUAGCAUUCUGCCCAUUAUGCAUGUUUCCACAAGGCUAGAAGCACGAUGUGCGAUUUUGAAGAACAUUGCUUUGAAACUCUGAUUAUGUCGAAUGCGGUGCCACCAGCUGUUGGAGGGACUGCAGGCCACCUUAGUUGAGGGAAGCCUUUGUGUUCUUUAAGCGAAUUUCCCUAUGCCACAGUCGCGGCCACACUGCUCGUGCUUCUGUGCAAACGACCAGUUUCGUUGUUGUGUGCCAGCCUGUUGUGCCACUUUCCACUGGGGUACUAAAUCGUCCUUUUGUACUUGCUGCUAGGCUGAAUCUGCAAGGGUUCAGAAGCCUGUUAUAUACCCCACUUAGGCGGGCAAAUUUAAUGACUCUUCGAGCGAGUACAAAUUGCCACAGGGAGUGUCACUUUGGUGGCGCGCUGCCAGAUGAGAAUUGAAAAUGUAAUUUGGAAUUGGUGGCAGUGUCUAUUGGUAAAUUAACUUGGAGGUUGUACCUUUGUUAUUUUAGGCAAUAAUUGUAAAGUAACAUUGACAUAAUCAGUCAUGAGUGAAGACAAGAUGGUAGUGCAUCCAACACUUGUACGACGCGCUGUUAGUUUGGGAGAUUUGAAAAUGAUGGAAGCAUUGAUGCCUAAAAAAGAAGAUGCCUUUUGUUAGCUGAGGAAGAAUGACUCCUUCCAAAAGCAGCGACGUUUAGAUCAUUUGAAAUCUCGAAAAGGUGGUUUAAGAAGCAGACAACCCUGGCAUUGUAUAUUUAUUUUUGAAAUGCUACUAUGGAGGCUUCACACAUGAACACAGUGAAGUAAGUUCAAUGAACACACUAACCUGCGAGUUAUUCCUUCAGCGAGCAUCACUAAAUGUUUCCAUGUGACAGCCUGCGAAUGACAGUAACAACAUAGUGCACUCCCUCAAGGUGACACUUACGCUAGUUUUCUCAAACGAUCCUCGACUCGAAGCUCUUCCUCCACUCCACCAAGUUGAGCACAGCGCCGCUGCCCAUCAGCUGAAAAACGCGCUACACUUCUUAGUAAUUGUGGUGGAGUGCCAAUAAAGUGCAGUGACAGCUUCUGUCGCAGGGUAGCACUGCGAUCAGCUUUUUUGGGACAAGGUGGAGUUUUGAGUGGAGGGUUGUACUAGAAUACAGGGGUAAAUUUGCCUGUAUAACAGGGGUAUAACACUGGGCUACACACACUGAUUUAUCUGUCAAGGUUUUCUCCAACAUGGCAUUGCCACUUAAAAAAUAUCUUAAGUACAGCCACCAGCCUAAACAUUUUUUACUAUGGAUGACUUUUUAGCUCACAGAAAGCACGACCAGCCAUGCUGAUAGUAAUCAAGAACUGCAGCACACGGUUCUCAUCUGUGAUGUAGUUCCCUGGCAUUGAUCUUGCACUGUUUUGCCUAAAUGGUUCGUUUCACAGCAAAAUUUCUAUUGAGGUCGCCUUUGCGCAUUGUGUAGGUGACACAUUUGAGCCUGUGACUACUCCUUACUUCUCUAUUGGCUUCUACUCGUGGUGCUUGUAAGCAUUUCAUUCCAUGCACCCUCUGCUCUCUACUGAUGUUUAUGGCAGUCUCAUUGAGAAUCUGCUUGUGGAGUUUCCUGCAGAUCUUUUCCAUUAUGUUUGACCAUGCAGAAAGGUCUGCUCAACAAAGGAACUGAAUGAAACUUGUGCUCAGUGAAUUGUUCCCUGCUGCACCACAUGUGAAUCGCAAUUAAACAAUUUGUUUAAUUUUAUUAAUCCACACAGCUGUAAAAAAAAUCAUGGACUUGUCCUGUGCAAGGAAUCUGCAGGUCAUCAACUACAACACCAGAGUAUAUGCGGAGUGGAAGGCUUAACUAAUUGAGGAAGACCUCUCUCUGCUGUCUGACAAUUGAGCAGUGCCUCAGCAUGGUGCCCACUCCUUUUGCCUUGCUUACAAUCUUGGGACUUGUCGCACUUCCGGGAUCUCUGGGCUUUCCUCCUCCGGUGUCCUUUGCAAGCGUUGCGCUCAAUCUCGGUUUGUGCACAUUGGACCUUACUGUCGCUGCGCCAUGAUAUUGUACAAUUUUGAGCAUCCUCACAUGCCCUCAUGAUGUCCUCACAGUGAGGUAGCUGCAGCAGGCAGCCUGGCUGCAAUGUGACAGAUGCAGCCAUAAUAAUGGCUGCAUCUGUGCCUGAUUGCUGUGUGUCAUUGUCUUGCCACUUCAACUUCUGCAGGGUGCAAAGUUUAUGGGAGCGUGUUUGUAGAACACUGCGCGACUGCUGCCUCAUUCACUCACUCUGGCAGGCCUCCCACUGUCUUUGACGCUGCCGCUGAUGCAGGGCACUACACGGUGUGUACAUGCUAUCAAGGUUUUCAACUCCACAUACAGUCGAAUGGCAUUAUGUCAAACGGUCCCAUGAUCACCGAAUAGUUUGAUAUAUAAAAUUAAGAGUGAAACGGGCGAAUAAGCACGGUGGCUUAAAAGAAAGCGUCUCAGCGUUGCAUAAUGCAGCUUUCUUAAAGUCCUCUACACCACAGUGUGUUGUGCUGAAGCACAUCAAAAGGGGAAAGAGGCCACUACGUUGCAGUGGCGAUUUAGGCCUCUUGUUUUGGGGCCAUGGCCCCCUUUAGAGCGUGCGAACAAAAAGGAAUUGCAGUCAGAGAGCAUGGCAUGAACCCUUCCGAUGCAUCACUUGGGUGGCUUUAAAGGGGUCAUUUCAAAAAAGAAAUAAAUUGCAGGGGUGACUCCAAAAUUAUUGCCUUGACUUCGAUAUGAGCAAAGCAGUUGGACAGUAAACCAUGAAAGUUCACAGCUAUUGUUAUAGAAAUAAUUCAACACCAAGAAAUGCGAACUUCAAUAACAUUGGCUUGAUAAACUAAUAAUUUCUUACAGCUAGGGCUGCACUUGUCACCCCAUAUAAAAGGGCUUAAAUUGUCACAGAAACGUUGGAAACAGUUCUGAAUGACUGCCAGUGCAGUUAAACAUCUCUGUGCUCGUACAGGGGCUGGAGACUGCAUGUGCACACAUGUAUAAGGAAUACAUGUUAGUCCCCAUUAUGAUGUUGUAUAUGGGGUGCACAAAGCUGGUGAAAGAAGGGCUCAAAUCGCCACAGCCACAUCGAAAAUAGCUCUGGAAACUAGCUAGUACACUUAUCAGGCGUCUCAGUGCUUGUACUGUGACAAGAGAAAGCGGUUGCGUGCAUUUAUGACAAAACUACUGUCCUGUGGUAGUGGCCCCUUUGCACUCUUUACGUGCUUCACUGCAACACAUUACGUACGCUUGACUGCAUAAUGUAACUGUAUUGAGGCGAAGCCGACUUUGGGGAACCGGUUGCAGAGUUUAUUCAUGCCCAAGCAAGUUUAAUGUCAAAAUUUUUAAAUGCAUGCAGUUCUCGGGGUUAUUUGACACCUGUUCGAUAUAAGUAAUAAUUCGAUUUAUCAGUGUUUGAUAUGACAUGGUUCAACUCUAUACUGCUUGAUUUUGGGAAGUUGCUGCAAGCAAAACACCAGUUGUCAAGCAAGUCGUUAGUUGUCAAGCAAAUCAUCAGUUGUCAGUACCGCUUCAUGUUGUCCCUUCCUUGAAGUCUCGUGUUGUGCUUACGGCAACUUCCCCAAAAUCAUGAAUCACCAACUGGCCUACACCCACACUCUAUGUUCUAGACUGCUGUCGCCAUAAAAAAACCAUUGGUGAGGUCUGAAUAUUGGAAUUUCUGUCCUGCAAGCUUUCUUGUCUAUCUUCACAGCAUUUGUUACGUGGAAUAAGUUUUAUACACUUUUAUGCUAUGCCUUGAGAGGCUUUCACCUGUUCUAGAGGCUGAUAAAAUCAAAGAGAUAAAUUGAGUACUUGCCUAUGUGAAAGUAGCAUGUGCAUGUAACCAUGAUCUGUCAUAACGAAACAUAACACAGUAUCCCAUGAGAAAACAUUAGUGCGAAACAACCAAUGCAAGAUGUGGGGUGCAUACACUAGUUUUGUUUCCUUGUUUGUUGAUUGUCUAUUUAGCACUCUUCAUCAUAUCUCUUAGAUAAGCUCAGACUCCAGCCAACAACUUAGUUUACAUUUUCCCAGAGUUUAGUGUGUCCUAAGCACCACCCUAGUGUUACUCCAUGUUGUACGUAGUUCUGGCUCAAUCCCUAACUUUUGGGCCUGCCCGACAGCUUUCUGCAGAGAGUUGAAAAGAGUGGUGUGUGCCUUAGAAGCACCUGUCUCAUUCGUUAGAAAUGAAAUUUUGCUUAAUGGCACCAGGGUGCGUAGAGCAAUCUGCAGUCCACCUUUCGUAAUACUAUUGUUCCGAUUUGUUGCUGCCGAAGCAUUGGUGUAUUCAUUUUGGGAACCCCUGCCCAAGCUGGAUGUACGUAACGCUCCUCCUUGCCGGGCAACACUGUUGGGAGGUGAUCUAGGUGCAUGCCAGGACAAUUUCAGUGCACUGCUGGCUCUGUGUUGCUUUGUUGGGUGUUGUUGCUGAAAGCCUGUACAAGUAUUCCCAUUAUGCAUUUUCAAGCGUUCCAAUAUAGCCUUAUGCAUUACAAUUAAGUGCCGCUACACUUCAGUAGCUUCAUUGCACAGUUCUUGUACAUAUGUGCAUAAGUGCUUGCAUAUGUAGAUGCUGAAAAAAGAAGUGUUCCAGAAGUUUACUUCUUUACUUGCUCUCCUUGAAGCCUUUGGUAUGUGGAAAGUUGUGAAACGGUCUGUGUGCUUGACAUGGCUUGGCCCAUUGUGUUGCAGGUUAGUAAUCUCAAAGGUGUGGUGCUUACAAUAUUUUUUGUAGGUUAGUUUCAUGUUUACCAGCGAAACAUCUGGCUUGUCCUGCUUUGAGUUUUCUCUAAAGUAUGCUGUGUUUUCACAAACAUGACGCAAGGUUUUUUCUAGAAUAUCGCUUCGAAAAAGCUCCGUUCUCCCCCCCCUCUAGUCCUCGAUAAACUUCAUUCCCUGAUUUUUAACAUAUGGCAGGCUGAACCACCAGGUGACUAAUCUUAACGGAAGCUCCAGCCUCACAAUGGCAGGAGACACUUACCUGAAAAUAGCAAGAGUGCAAGUCUGCAGUGAUGAGUGUAAUGGUGGCCAUGUUUCAAAGGGGUCCAACUGCAGUAACAACUUUAGGUCCAAUAGACCGACCUACUGCAGUGAUGUGCAUGGAUGUGACAUUACUGCAUAAGUGGAACUUCUUCAGCCUACACACAUGUUGCCUCUUGGCGCAGUGCUCCUGUUAGGGCAUUUUAAUGUAGCAUGGUUCUGUUCUAGCAGUUAGCAGCGUACAUACGCCAAGGCCCAUGCAGGUGGUCCCAUGCAGUACCUCAUCACUGUGCCAUGCUCGGGGGCCCUAUUCUAAGCUCACACACACAGUUGAAGUAUGGUAUAAACGUGUCUUCCCCCCUCUCUUUUUUUCCCUGUGCCAAGUAGUUGUGAAGUAAGAAACCAGCAGGAGGACAUGUUGUUGGGCUAAUUGGUGCUUGCUUAGCAACAAUGUAGUGCUGGGGCACAACCACAAAGAAAGACACAUAAACGUGUCAUAGGCACUAUUAACAACUUUUGAAGGUGCUACUAAAAAAAUGCAUCAGAUCCAAUGUGCCCUGUUGGAAUCUAUAUAGCCAGCAAGACGCAAGACUGUGUUCAUGUGCACCUUCUCAUCUGGCUUCAAGGAUGCCCCAAACAAGGCACUUUGCAAUGCUACCUUUGAAGGCAACCACUGUUAUAGGGGUUGAAAGAGACAAGCUGGCUUCCUGUGCCAUUUGUUUGGGGUACCCGACAUCCCCUUGGAGGUGCAGAUGCCAGGCGACGCAAUGCAUGCGCAGCGCGAGGCCAUCACCUCCAGUGCCCUCUCUCCCUUCUCAUCGCAGCUCUCCACAUCACAGCCUCCUCAUCGUCUCCACCAGCAGCCAAUGACUUGCAUGCACAGGCUGGCUUCCCCCCUCUACCUUCCACUGCUGCGAGCGAAGUAGUAUGAGCCAUCACUCCUAGAUGAUAUCACCAUCCCGCAACCAAGUGUGAGCUGUUCGGCGAGAACACACUAGCAGCAGCCACGGUUGGCAAGAGAGGCACAGGGAGUUCACAAAGGGAGCUUCACUUUAAAAAGUUUAGUAGCGGAGAUGAUGGUGGGGGGGGGUCUUUCUUUUUUCUCAUUGUGGUUGUGUCUCAGGCACUACGUUUGUCACCAAGUAAGAAACCAGGUCACCAUUUCCCUUCAUCAAUGAGCAUGUUACAUUCUGAGGUGUUUGCAAAUGGUAGAAAUGGUGUUGUGCAAAACGCAGCAGCAAGGUGGCGACAGCCAGUAUGCAAGUGUUCACAUGUUGCAGCGCUAACAUUGGCACCAAAUGUUUUUCAACUUACACACCCGUGUCUGGAGGAGUAAGUAGUACACUGGUGAUGCCUGUGAGGCAGACGUUGGUGGGGUUCAAUGAAACCAGAGCAGGUGCUUUACAUCUGCUUACUCAUGCUAAGAAAGCCAAGGAAUGCAGUGUCUCUAAAAGGAAAUGGGGGAGAGUGCAUCAAAAGUAUCACAUUAACUUGCACACCAUUAAGGCAUUGUCAGAGUGUUGCAUUGAGUGACACUUUGAGGUCUAUGGGAUGUGGACAAGGUAUGAAUAGUUAGUUGAAGGGGUGUGAUUGCCGAAUGUACUACGUAGUGCAUGGAGGAGGGGAGAUGGAGGUGGUACAAUGGUCGUCUGAGGUGCGGGCUUAAGUGUGGCAUAGAAUAGCAAGUUGCUUAAAGCUUUACUUGAAUUGUGACUGCCUUGAGCCAGUGACCUUUUGUAUUUCCAAGUUGUCUGAAGUGCCCCGUGAGGUAGCAUUCAUGGUCGCACCUUAUUCAUGUAUUUUUGCAAAUGUAGUAAACAUGUGAAAUGCUUUUAUAUUUAGUGAUAACAUGCAUGGCAUUACAUCAGGAGCACAUGAUCAUUUGGACGCAUGCAGCAUUCUUCAGGUCUAGCUGGAUUUGUUAAAAGUUUUUGAUGGGUCGUUUUCUUUUGCAUGUACAGUUGACUUUUGUUGAUUCGACCCUGACAGAAGCGACAGAAUUGAUUGAAUUAUUUGGCGGGUCGAAUUAAACAAAAUGCAUAAAAAACACCUCUUAAUUCAUUUAGCAGCAUUUGCCAGAGUCUAACAUGCCUCCCGAAUCAAAUGCAUGCUCACUUUCUGUAUGUCUAAAAUAAAAACUAAUGUAGGAAUUAUAUAAGAGCACCUAAACUAAGUAGAAAUCUAACAGGCACUGGAUUUUUUUAGCAAGAAAGAUGUGUCGCACACUGGUGGCCAGUUUCCUAAAAUCAGCUUCACCGCACCAUUUUGUAAAGUCAGCCUCGCCGCAAUAUAUUCCUGUUAUGCGGUAAAGCAUUGCACUGUGCAGACAAUUUCCAGCCCAAUCUUUUAAAAAGGGGGGGGGGGGGGGGGGUCUGUGUUAGAAUUGGGUAAAUACCGUAAUUGGACAAUUGUGAGCUACGGCUAUUGCUUGAACAUGUUCCUAGAGCUGGCCGAAAAUACAUUUUUGAUGGGUGAUGACGCAUGUAGCGCAUUCCCUGUCCCCUAAGCUCCGCCGAGACAGACACUGCCACUAAAGGGGUUGGCUAUUGGGGUUACAUAGAGGUUAGGCACAUGCAUGCCGACUGGCGCAGUCGGAUUUAUUUGAUGAAGGCCAAUUUUAGGAUCGAAAUAAUGAAAGUUUGGGCCUAUAGAAAUGUAUGGGCACUGGCUGGGACCUUCAGUCGGGAUCGAAUUAACAGAAGUCUAGUGUAGUGCUGUUCAAUAUUGAUGAUUGUUUUUAUUAUUCAAGGUAUUCUGAUUAGUCAUGGUGCUUCUCAGUCAAACUUGGGCCUUAUGCCAGAAAAGCCUACAGAUCGACAAUAUUUAUGAUGGUGAUUGCACAGUGUAGAAGUUUUUUAAAUUGUUGUAAACUGCCACCAUACAAAGAAAAAAAGUCUCAUGCAAUGAAGCUGUCCUGUCAUGUGAUUAUCGCGGUGUGCAGAAAUGAAGUCAGCUAUACAGCGAUGUUAUAACUACUGUGAGUAUUUCAUGAGGAUUAUUUCUGUGGUAUGCACAUAUUGCCCCCCCCCCCCCCCCCCCCCACACACACACUCGCAUAUUUUUUACACUUCUAGAAAUUUACCUAGGAAACAUUGCAUUUUAUGAAUGUCACUGCACCCAAAAAGUGAUUUAAUAUUGUGGCUUACUGAGAUAGGGCCAGUGCUAAGAGUGCAUGAAAACCAGUGUGCAAAAGAUGACACAAUCUAAGCUAGUUCUGUGCAUAUCUGUGCACGGACCUUUUUGUAAGAUUGAAGUUGCACAGAUACUAGAUUUAAAUUUUCUUGUUAAGUGGUUGCAUGCCCCUGAAUUGGCAGUGUAAUGGGUUGGGGAUAAAAGUAUGGAGUACAUACCUCAGAAUUCUUGCUGCUUGCAUGGGCCACAUGGAAAGCUAAAUUUUUGAGAGCUUCAAUGUUCCAAAAGCUUCUCUUAGCAGCUGUACAAGCAUGUGUGCAAAGCUGUGCAUUUUUUUUGGUGCUCUCAUUUUCCAGGCUAUUUUCAUUUGAAACAGUGCUUGUUUUGUACACAUAGCAGCAGGUUGGAUUGUUAUAUUUCUUCUAAUGCAGUUGCUGUACUUUUCAUUCUUCAUUUUUAGCCUCAGAUUUCUGAUGCUUGAAAGCGACGUUUGCUUUUUUGCCUUUUUGUUCUCAUUUAUUGGGAGGCCAUCAGGGUAGUGAAUGUGGGCAGCCGUUGUGUGAAUCUGGCCAUCCGAUAAAAGAAAUUGUGCUGUUUGUGACUGUCAACUUUCCAAGAAGCUGUUGCAUGCUUAUUUCUUUGUGGGAAGGCCAUAGUAGAAACUGGCGGCUGUGUUUAAGAAUCCUUGUAACAGUUCUCGGUGAGCGGCCCAGGAACUUGUGUAGCAACCUUGCCAGUCCUUUGCUCUUGCUAUCCACCAUUGUGGCUGUGAUUUGGUUGGGUGGAAUCCCAGUUUUCUUACUUUGUGAUGACCUUGGGUGUCCCCCAUUUUCACGCUGUGCGCAGUGCUUCUCAUCUUGAGGGCCUUAUGAAAGCUUUGAGGGGUUUGUUCCUCAGUGAAAAGUCGAUGGUCACCUGGAGCGAAAAGAACGAAAAGAUGACUGCUUAUCUUGCCACAUUCUGAGGUUGGCAUGCUGUACAACAUUCUUAAUUAUGCAGUGUUGUGCUGUGUGAACUGAAGUUUUAAAGUGCUAUGUGAUUAUUUUUUUUAACAUUGGACUUAGCUAUUCUACACCAUGGUAAUGUCAUGUCUUUUUCAUUAUUUUUCUGGUGGGCACUUGCAGACCAUCACUGUCAUGUGGUCAUUGUGUUUUAACUCAUUGUUGUGUAUUGUCGUUGCAAAGUAUGUAUGCUACAUUGUUUUUGUUUGUUGUGAAUCUUGUUUUAGAAAGUUGUUCCUUGAGUGGUUUUUAAUCGAUGCAAUUCUGGUUGGGCAUGGCAGUGGCUGAUGACUUGGACGCUGAGGAGCCUGUGCCCUUUAUGUGCAUAGGCUGCUUGCUGUCAGAGUUAAGCACAAAAUGUUUCUUGUUCUUCCUGGCGUAGUACUCUGUGCUCUGUACUCAUGUGCACUCGAGUGUAUUGUUCCACUUGCUGCUGUUGCAGUUAGGGGUGCACUUGUAGCUGCAAUUUUGGAGCUGUUUCAGUCCUGACUGUCCCUCAGAGAGUCCUGUUCCUUACUGUAGUCAGCUUUUGCAAGUAAUGCGUGCUUUGGAUUUAAAUUGCAGUGGUUGUAUUUGUACACCAAUUAUACUGAUUGCUUGUUUUCACGCUCUCAGGACCACACACACGCACCCCUCCUGCGCCUUCUCACACACACAUUGAGGCUUUUUCAUGAAAACUGAGGAACAGUAAUGGUAACUUGACCUUUACCAAUGUACAGGAAGGAUCUGCGUAGAAAGAAGCAACUUUCCCCGCAAGUUGCAGUCCUUUAACUGGCUUCAACACUUUCCAACAUUUAUAAUGCUGAUGUGUGCCCGACUGAAAAUUGCAUGUCGAGUGCAUCAAAUUACUAGAUUUUCUCUUAAUUUGCUGCCCCACUAUUGUUGGUACUUGCUGUGAAAGCUAGAAACCAUUGUUGUUUUCUUGUGGUGUAUGGCAUAAAAGGCACGAAAUUAUGUGAAGAAAAAAAAAAAGAAAUGGAAGAGCUUUUUCCAGUACUGUCUUUUUUUCUUCUUUGCAUAGUUUCACAUUUUACCCCGCCAGAAAGUAUGAACUAAAUAGCCCAGCAACAGUAGUAGUAACGAGUCUAUUGUAUGGCUGCAGCUAUAUAGGACUCUUCCUUGGAUUUGGGCUCAAGUACAGUGAACUAGGGUAAAGUGCUGAAUGUGACGACAAUUCUAUGUAGACGUAUGGCUGUAUUAGCUCCCAUGCCUCACAUUUUUGGGGGUUUUGCCACAUACUGCACGAAGUGACCUUACGUGACAUGUCUGCCGUCAGAAACGGUCAGCCCUGUGAACUGAUAUUUCUUCCAUGAUCUGCCAGCAACCUUCAAACCCUGAAUGAACAGUGUAUUUUCCUUUUUUUGUAAGUCUGUAGCACAGAGGCAAAGAUUUUUUUACAGAACUCAAUUUUGUACGAGGCAACGACGCAGCUGCCUUUGAGGCAUUGAGCUGUACACCUUGACAGUGCAUGCUUUCCUUUUGUAUGCUGCACAGUAUGGGACAUCACAUUCACAUGUGUUUGAUAAGCACCUAGGAUGUAAAUAAAUUAUUUGAUAUAUGA